CGAGAGCGCAAGAGGGAGAGAGAAAUAGCAUUUGACCCUGUUCUGCUCCCAGUUCUGACGGGUUUGGCACUGGUGUCGCGGCGGCACAAAGGCUGAGUAUACCGCGACUGGCUCAAGGAAGAUUGCUCCAGCUUCAACUCAAGACGCACACGCUUCCGCACCGGCUUGAGGCGCCCGGCUUUGGCGCCAGUCAACCCUAUCAUGGCUGCAAUGGCCGGUCAAAGUGCGCACCGGCGCACCUUAAGUGCUGAGGUGCAGCCCGGCACCAGUGCUGCCAGUCCCGAUGCUAUGGCUAAGCACGCCGUGUCGGACAAGGUCAAGGCCAUUCGUCAACGCUACCGCGAGCAGCGAAAGGCCAUCACCAUGUUUCGCAGACCCUUGCAAACCAUCUACUACUCAACCCGUGAAACCUUGGUCCUUUUGGGUGAAGCCUUGCAAUCGGCCAAGGAGCGCUGGCAAGUCUCCGUCCCGGCCACUCUGGCCGUGAUUGGCCUGUACUAUUUUGUAUCAACUACUACCAACGGGACGGCACUCUACGCCAUUGACAAGGUCUAUGAGGCCAUGUUCUGGUGCUUUCUGGGCAUCCUUUCCUCUGUGGGCCUGGGCACAGGGCUUCACACCUUCAUCCUUUACCUGUUUGUGGACAUGGGUUGUGUGGCAAGCAUGAAGGAGACGCUUGCCAGCGCCCGUGGUCCAUACAUGGCCCAGUACACCAUGCACGCCUACACCUGCAACUCAACCGAGUUUGCUUCCGAGUUGCGCUCAACCCAGCGAAGCACUUGGGCCAACGUGCUGUGCCUUGAACCGCCCGAGGAGGGCUUUCCGCCCAUGACCGUAUGGCGUGUUAUGCAAAAUGUUGAGUUUCCGGCCUUUUUCUGGGGCUGCGGCGCUGCCAUUGGCGAGCUUCCCCCCUACUUUGUCGCUCGCGCCGCGCGCUUGAGUGAGGAGGAUCCCGACGAUGAGGACUUGGAGGAGUUUCACGAAUCUUUGCACGAUGACAGCCACACGCUGCUGGCACGCGCCAAGCGCUUCAUGCAUGAUAUUGUCCAACGCGCUGGCUUUUGGGGUAUCUUCUUCUGUGCCGCCAUUCCCAACCCACUCUUUGACCUGGCGGGUAUUACCUGCGGCCACUUUAUGAUUCCAUUUCACAUCUUUUUUGGUGCCACAUUUUUGGGCAAAGCCAUCUUCAAGCUGCACAUUCAAAUGGCCAUGCUGGUUUUUUUCAUGUCCAAACCCGUCUUUGAGGCCUUGCUGGGCCACAUCAAGCAGUUGCCCAUGGCUGGCGUCUGGUUGCAUGAUGUCAUUCGCGACAUUCAGCGCUCCACCCAGGCCCGCUUUGUGGGCGAUGGUGACUCAGGGGCCAACAAGGACGAAGGGCUGCCGUUGCUAGCGUACAUCAUGGGCCCCAUUGUUAUUGGCAUGAUCGGUUACUUUGCCGUCUCCAUCAUCAACCAGAUGGCUCAAAAGAAUCGCCACCGUCUGGACAAGCAGCUCAUUGAGCGCGAGGUCAAGUCGGGUUGAGGAGCGCCGCCGUGCGGCAGGAGGAUCAAAGUGUGGUGCGGCCUAGUCAGGCACUCGUUGACAUUCUAAACGGCUUGUUUUAAAACUUGAAAGCAAAAGUCAGCGAGGCAAUUCUUGGUGGAAACGACUGAUGUUGUCACUCAUUGGGCUCGCAAUCUUGAGAGCCAUAUCAAUUGCAUGAGGCACAAGUUCA